AUGUCCAGCUCAGAGCAGGAAGAAGAUCUAUCGGCCGCACAAACAGGUCCUAAAGGUGUGAUCCACGACUGGAGGAAGUUCAAACUGGAAAGCGAGGACCACGAGGGCACGCCGCAGAAACGAAGAGAGCUCCUCCGACAGAUGUCUAACCCCAAAGCUAACAACGAGAACAACUGUGAUAGACUUAACCGCAAGAUGAGCGUCCAGGAGUACGAGAUGAUCCGGGAGGAGGACGAGCAGUGCCUGAGACAGUACCGCAAGCAGUGCAUGCAGGAGAUGCACGAGCGCCUGAGCUUCGGCCCCAGGUUCAGCGCCGUGUCGGAGCUGGAGAGCGCCGAGGCGUUCCUCGAGGCCGUCGAGAAGGAGCACCGGCUCACGCUGGUCAUCGUGCACAUCUACGAGGACGGCGUCAAGGGCUGCGAGGGUCUCAACGGCUGCCUGGACUGCCUGGCGGCCGAGUACCCGGGCAUCAAGUUCUGUCGCAUACGGGCGUCCGCCACAGGGGCCGGGGAGCGCUUCUCUGAUGAUGUCUUACCCACCCUGCUGGUGUACAGGGCUGGAGAGAUGCUGGGGAACUUCAUCUGUCUCACCAAGCACCUGAACGAGGAGUUCUUCGCUACGGACGUGGAGAACUUCCUCAACGAGUACGGCCUGCUGCCGGAGAAGGAGUUCGCCGCCUGUCCCGAUGAUGAUGGUGGAGAAGAGCUUGGGGUGGAGUGA